GCAGCGCGGCCGGCGGGUAUUUAUAGGGGCGGAGGGGCGCUGCGCAGCGGCAGCGAGCAGGCGGGUCGGGCCCGGGAAAGGCCGGCUACUUCAUCGCGCCUCAUCCCCCCCGGCGGCGGGGAAAAACCCACCGGAAAGCCCCGAUCCACCUUCGCCGGAGCGUCCCUUCGGCCGCCGAUAGCUUUUGUUUCCGUUUGCGCAGCGCCCGAAGCGCCCCCGCCGAGCUUUGUUCUUCUCCCCGGCCCCUGAGGGGAAGGCGCGGCCAAGAUGGACCCUUGUCACACUGAGGAGACCGAGGGCGAGAUCCCCGGCUUGGGCUUCAGUGACCGAAGCGAGCAGAUUGUUUCACGUGGGGUAGCGUCAGCAUUUGAAGCUGCAACCACAGAAACUGAGACGGAGCAGAGCCUCACCCCCAAUGUGAUGCUCAACACGGAGAGCAGCGAGGGAUACGUGGUCAAAGUCAGGGGGCUGCCUUGGUCCUGCUCCACGGAGGAGGUGCAGAGGUUUUUCUCCGAUUGCAAAAUUCUAAAUGGGGCUUUGGGUAUCCGUUUCAUCUACACCAGAGAAGGCAGACCAAGUGGAGAAGCAUUUGCUGAACUUGAAUCAGAGGAGGAUGUGAAAUUGGCACUGAAAAAGGACAGAGAAACAAUGGGACACAGAUAUGUUGAAGUUUUCAAGUCAAACAACGUUGAAAUGGAUUGGGUUCUGAAGCAUACUGGUCCCAACAGCCCUGAUACAGCUAAUGAUGGUUUUGUACGUCUUAGAGGACUCCCAUUUGGCUGUAGUAAAGAAGAAAUUGUACAGUUUUUUUCAGGGUUGGAAAUCGUGCCAAAUGGGAUAACAUUGCCGGUGGACUUCCAGGGGAGGAGUACGGGGGAGGCCUUCGUGCAGUUUGCUUCACAGGAAAUAGCUGAAAAGGCUCUAAAGAAACACAAGGAAAGAAUAGGGCACAGGUACAUUGAGAUCUUCAAGAGUAGUCGAGCGGAAGUGCGCACUCACUACGACCCUCCACGCAAGCUGUUGGCAAUGCAGAGACCCGGUCCUUACGACAGACCUGGUCUUACGCGGGGAUAUAACAGUCUUGGUAGAGGAAGUAGCUUGGAAAGAAUGAGGCGUGGAGCUUAUGGAGGAGGUUAUGGAGGUUAUGAUGACUACAAUGGGUAUAAUGAUGGCUAUGGUUUUGGUUCUGAUAGAUUUGGAAGAGAAUGGACUCUUUUCUCUGCAGGAAUGUCGGACCACAGAUACGGCGACGGGGGAUCCACCUUCCAGAGCACGACUGGCCACUGCGUCCACAUGAGAGGUCUGCCUUACAGAGCUACGGAGAACGACAUCUAUAAUUUCUUCUCACCUCUGAACCCUGUAAGAGUACACAUUGAAAUCGGACCAGAUGGCAGAGUAACUGGAGAGGCAGACGUUGAAUUUGCUACUCAUGAGGAUGCAGUGGCCGCAAUGUCCAAAGACAAAGCAAAUAUGCAACACAGAUAUGUAGAACUCUUCUUGAAUUCUACAGCAGGAGGAAGUGGUGGUGCCUAUGGCAGUCAAAUGAUGGGAGCAAUGGUCAAGGAAUCGGAAGGGGUAGUCCAAGAUUGGAACACUAGCACAUUGCCAGGAAGCCAAUCCAGUUACGGUGGUCCAGCUAACCAGCAGCUGAGUGGGGGUUACGGAGGAGGAUAUGGUGGUCAAAGCAGCAUGAGUGGAUAUGUGUUGGGCACAGUAGAUGGUGUUUACGCGGUGGCCCAGCAAGGACAGGCGUUGGGGGAAGGAUGCUACGAGUCUGCCUGAGCCAGCUGUGAACCUGCUGUCGGUUUUCCCCCCCAGACCCCGGGAGCCAGGGCGCCAUGAACAGCAGUUACUACAGCAGCGGGAACCGCGCGUCCAUGGGAGUGAACGGCAUGGGCGGCAUGUCCAACAUGAGUGGUGGCUGGGGAAUGUAACCAAUCGCUGACUUUUGGUCACAUCUUUUUUUAAAAAACAAAAAAACAAAAAACUAAGUUUAACAGUUUUGCAAUACGAGCUUGUGAUUUAUGCUUUACUGUAAGUGAAUUCAGGAUUGUUAUUUUAAAACCUUUCAGGUUCAGUAUUUUUGAACAUACAGAAAUGAACAUUCAUCUAGGAUGUAAUAACCAAGUUGAGUAAAGACUAUAACUGUUAAACAACUUCGAGCGUUUCUCAAGUUAGUUUUGUUGUAGGAGUGUAUUUAAGCAGUAAGCGUAUUUAGGUUAAAGCUGUUUGAAUUAUGUUAAAUGUUGCUCUUAUACCAUAUUACAUCCAACACUGUUUUGAAUACAUGUUGAAAGAGACAUGCUUUUUUGUAAAGAAACAAUAUAGGGGCUGUGUCUGAAAUUCAAAGUGAACAUUUGGCAUGUUAGUUCUAGUUUAUUUCUUUUAAUAUCCUGUAAGGCACGUUAAAGCUUUUUUUUUUUUUUUUAAGUUAAUGGGGGAAAACAUGUUGAGACGCAAUACGGCUACUUUAGGAUUUUGGUCUUGGUGUUCGUAUAAAAUUCUGAGGCCUUGAUUUAAUCUUUCAUUGUAUUGUGAUUUCCUUUUUAGGUGUAUUGCGCUAAGUGAAACUUGUUAAAUAAAUCUUCCUUUUAAAAACUGGAA